AAGACAUAAGUCACUGGUUAAUCCAGUAACGCGUAAGUUAAUAUACUUGCGUCGUUACCAAACCUUGCAAAAGCGUGGUUUUGCAAGAGACGCUCCAACUCCAUGCCUCGCUCAGUUAAGAGUUUCCUUGCAGUUCAGUUAAACGUGUUUUUGGUUCAUUUCGAGUAUAUUUGCCUUCACAAUGUCGUCAGAAGGCUUUACGGAGAACGAAGUGGAUGCCAUGCCCGACCGCAUCGCUGAGACAUUCAGCGGUAUGAACAUUUUUAUCACCGGAGGAACUGGGUUCAUGGGCAAGGUCUUAGUGGAGAAGUUACUGAGAAAGUGUCACGAUAUUGGAAAAAUAAUACUUCUUGUACGCGCAAAGAAGGGCAAGAAUCCAAGGCAGCGACUUGAGGAAAUGGUCAAUGAUGAACUCUUUGCAAAAGUCCGCGAGCUCCGUGGUGGAGUGGCGCCACUCCUAGCGAAGCUGCACGUUGUCAUCGGUGACGUCAUUGAACCUGAUUUAGGUUUGAGCGAACUUGACCGGCUGAUGAUUACUCAGGAAGUCGAUUUAAUUGUGCACGCUGCUGCAACAAUCAGAUUCGACGAAGAAUUGAAAAAAGCCGUCCUUCUUAACGUUAGAGGAACCAAGCUGAUUUUAGAACUUGCAAAAGAAUGUAAAAAACUGAAACUUUUCGUCCACAUCUCGACAGCAUAUUGUCACCUCGAGGAAAAGCUUUUAGAAGAGAAACCGUAUCCUCCUCCAGCCGAUCCUCACAAAAUCAUACAAACCGUCGAAUGGAUGGACGAAGAAUCUGUAGCUUUACUUACCCCAAAGUUACUGAGUAAGCUACCGAAUUCUUACGCUUUUACUAAGGCGUUAGGUGAAGCUUUAGCGGUCGAAGCUAUGCAGCACAUCCCUGUCGUCAUCUUACGUCCCUCCAUAGUUAUACCAAUAUGGCAAGAACCUGUGCCAGGAUGGACUGAUAACAUCAACGGACCAACUGGUCUUUUAAUUGGUGCCGGCAAGGGUGUAAUAAGAACAAUGUACUGCAAGAGCAACAGUUAUGCGGACUAUCUACCAGUCGACGUGUUUAUAAAUGGGAUUAUGAUAUUGGCUUGGAACUAUAUUAAAUACGGUGACAAGACUUCAAAUGUAAUAAAUUUCACGUCAUCUGCUGAGAUCAAGGUUACAUGGUCAGAGAUGAUCGAUGCGGGAAGAGAAAUCAUUAUGGACAGAAUGCCUUUAAAUGGAGUCGUAUGGUAUCCCGGCGGAUCAAUGAAACAUUCUCGACUACAUCAUAAUAUAUGCCUUUUGUUCUUCCAUUGGAUUCCAGCAAUCAUUAUUGAUACUUUGCUAUUUUGCCUUGGAUACAAACCUGUAUUAAUGCGUGUUCAUCGUCGUAUCAACAAAGGAUUUGAAGUGUUUGAAUAUUAUACAAACAAUCAGUGGGACUUCAAGUCUGAUAUUGCUCAGACUGUAAGACAGAGGCUUAAUACGCGGGAGAGACGGGAUUACAAAGUCGAUGCAAUUGGUCUUGACAUAUCGAAAUAUUUCGAAGACUGCAUUAGAGCGGCUCGAAUAUUCAUUCUAAAAGAGUACGAUGACACAUUACCGGCAGCCAGAAGGCAUAUGAAAAUCAUGUGGUUCGUUGACCUGGUUGUUCGGUGUUUAUUCUGGGGGCUGAUACUCUAUUGGCUUAGUGGAUGUGUCUCCUCUUUCUACACAUAUACAGUAGGCUACAAAGAAACUCCAGCUGUCGUGGCUACCAGCGUAUAACGUGUUGCUUUAAGUUGAUUAUGGUACAUAUACAAAUAGGAUAUAGUAUUUUCAAAACGCUUGUGUUAGUUAAUUUUAUUGUUAAUCAGUAAUUGUCGACUUUUACCAAAUAUUAUAAGGUAAAAAUUUCAACUUACCAAUAAAUAAAAAAUUGUCAUUAAAAUAUAUAGGCCAACUUCGAUUUAGACAGACAUAAUAUUAAAAAGACUAAAAAUUUUAUGCGUCUUUGGCUUGCAGAAUAAUAAUUAAAUAUAUAAACUACAACUAAAAUGACCACUAUAAUAUUGCAAGUCAUAAAUAAUUCAGUUUUAUAUAUAAUAUUACCGAAGAAGAAAUAUUUUAAUUGAACCUAUUAACAGAUAUAUUGUUAAAUAUCAGAUCUGUUUUUAAGUUUAUAAUAAAAUACAAACAUAAAUUUAUAACGUUCAAAACGAAUAGUUUGAGUGUAUAAAAACAGUGUAAAUUGAAUGUUAGCAAUGAAAUUGUACAUUGUACAUAUAAUAUAAGAUAUUAUGGGGGUAUAAAACUUGUAUACAUAAUUAUAUUUUAAUAAAAAACAAUCAGUUUGGU